AUGCAUCGCGUUUCACCGUCGCACGGAAGAAUAGAACGACAAUUACAUUGUAAACCGAAAACAACUGUUCCAUUCGAAACGAUACAUAUCGACCACGUAGGGCCGAUCGAUAAUCAAGUAGCCGCGAAGAAAUAUAUAUUAGUAAUAAUCGAUGCGUUCACGAAAUUCGUUAAAUUGUAUGCAACAAAAACGACAAAUAGCCGCGAGGCAGUAGAGUGUCUGAAACAAUAUUUUGAUUAUUAUAGUAAACCAAAAAUACUGAUAUCAGAUAGAGGCAGCGCGUUUACAUCGUCGGAAUUCCUAUCCUUUGUGAACGAAUACGAGAUUAAACACAUAAAAAUUGCAACGGGAUCACCUCAAGCAAACGGACAGGUGGAGCGCGUUAACCGAGUAGUUAACGAAAGUCUUAGCAAAUUAACAGACAAAGAAGUAGGUGUCGCGUGGUAUAAAAAUUUAAGUAAGGUCGAACACGCGAUAAAUAAUACUAUAAGUAAAGCCACUGGAGAAACGCCGAGUAAAUUACUCUUCGGGAUAAAACAAAAUGGUCAAGUAGAGGACGAGAUACGUGAAUUUUUAGAACAAAACAUAAAUAUCGAAGAACGUAAUCUAGAAAAUCGGCGGAAAACCGCAAGUGAAAAAAUUGUAAAGGGACAGGAAUAUAAUAAAAAGCAAUACGAUAAAAGACACAAAAACAUGCGCAAGUAUAAAACAGGUGAUUGGGUUAUGAUUAGAAACUUCGAUAGCACGGCCGGUGCGUCUAAAAAACUUAUGCCGCAAUUUAAAGGUCCUUACAAAAUAGUUAAAGAGUUACGAAAUGAUCGUUAUGUAAUAGCAGAUAUUGAGGGGUUCCAGAUGACCCAAAAACCAUAUAAAGGCGUAUGGGAACCCGCGAACAUGAGAAUGUGGAAGGAUCCGGUCAGCGAAAAACCCUGA